CCUAUGAAAUAGGGGUCCCAGCCCCACCCUGACCUCCUGGUUUGCUCCGUGAUGGGGUUUUACCUCUCAGGGGUUGAAAUGAAACGGUUCGUGAAUGGGCAGGAACAGACGGCCGGGGCGGUGUCCACGGAGCUGCUCCACAACAGAGACUGGACCUUCCAGAUCCUGGUGAUACUGGCGAUGACCCCCCGGCGCUGGGACGUCUACACCUGCCAGAUGGAGCACAUCAGCCUGUGGGGCCCCCUCACCGUGCACUGGGCCUCCCCUCCUCUCCCACCAGCGUCUGUCACCCUCCGGGUGAUCUACAUCGCCGUCUUCCACAACGCCAGCUCCACGGACACACAGGGCAUGGCCCUGCUGGGCGACCUGGAGACCCACUCCAUGGACUGCGGCACCUGCGAGAUCCGCUUCCUGCAGCCCUGGGCCCAGCAGGGCCUGACCCCGAAGCAGUGGCAGGACCUGGAGCUGCUGAUCCAUCGCUACCUGUUCAACUUCAACCUUAAAGUGAACACAAUAGCCCAGCAGCAGGGAAAGGGCUACCCCUUUGUUACCCAGGGCUCCCUCGGCUGCGAGCUGCACCCCAAUGGCACCUCGAGGGGAUUCUAUGAUACUGCAGGGAACGGCGAGGACUUCAUCAGCUUCAACGCGGACACAGGCAAAUGGGUCGCUCGGCAGGGGGACAAGCUGGCGCUCUACGCCCGGGACCUUCUCAACCGGGAUAAGGGCACAGCCAGCAAGAUUCAGUUUCUCCUAAGAAUGUGUGUCAGUGAGCUCAAGAGCUUUGUCCAGCAUGGGAAAGAGUCUCUGGAGAGGCAAGAGCGGCCGGUCGCCGUGGUGUUUGCCCGAUCGCCUCCCCCAGCCGGGACCCCCGCGCCGGUACUGCUGGUUUGCCGGGUCACCGGUUUCUACCCCCGGCCCGUCCGCGUGGCCUGGCUGCAGGACGGGGAGGAGGUGGGGCCGGGCGGGCGGCUGAACUCCAGCGGGAUCCUGCCCAACGCGGACCUGACCUACCAGCUGCGCAGCUCCCUGGCCGUGGGGCCGGGCGCCGGGCACAGCUACGCCUGCCGGGUGCAGCACAGCAGCCUGGGGGGCCGGAGCCUGCUGAUCCCCUGGGAGCAGAGCAGACCCUGGGGCCCCGGCCUGGUUGUGGGCAUCACCCUGGGGGUUGUGGCCGUAGCUGCCGUGGCCGUGGUGCUGUGGCGGAGCAGAUGCAGGGGCUACCAGGACGUUAGACCAGGGGAGUCCAGUCCCUGA